GAACAACAACAAAACAUAACCUGCAAUGCGAAUAUUAAAUGUCAGUUUAAAUUCCAGAGAGCAAUGAAAUUUUAGUGAUAUUUAUCUAGACCGCGACGAAUUGCUAUCUUUUAUUUAGUUUAAAUCAGAGAUUUUAUCUUUAUGGAAAUUGCGCACUGCCAAAUUAUAAUUUUACGUUAAAAUUAUAAUAAUUUUACAUUUACAAAUUAUUAAAUAUUAAAAAUGUCUGAGCACGGAGCUGUUUUGCAAUCGUACAACCAAGAGCUUGUGAAGCAUAUUGAGAAUUUGAAGUCACAAAAGGAGAAAAUAGGGCAAGCGAUUGAAGCUCAAGAGCAAGAAAGAGUGAAGUUGAUUGACAAAAUUCAAGAGAUGAAUGCGCGCCUGAAGUCGGUAACUGCGAGUCUCGAGGAAAAGAAGCGCAUCUGGGCGGAAUGUGACAAAACCUUGGAACAAGCUGAAAUGGGGCUAUCAAAGAUUAUCGAAAGUUCGCAAGUUUUGUUGUCUCUCGUUCAGCAGGAAACCGGCACGUUGAGUUGUAUAUAAAGUAUUAGAGCUAUUUUUUGUUAAUAAAAUGUUUAGGGCAAAAUUGUUAGUAAAUUUGAGAACGAUAUGGUAACCGAAUAAAGGGUAGCAUUUGUGAAGUA